AAUGGAAGUUGUUCUUGUGGUGACUACUGGUAAAUAACACAGCCAGAGGUCUGUUGACAAUUUCAUGCGUGACAUUUGUUGCCUAGAAGAGUAUCACUCAAAUCGGGAAUCAAGUUUGGAUCAUGGAAGACUGUGAUGGACCAAAUUUGCAGGAUACUGGUAUUAUCCUGCUAGUAGAAUUCAAAAAUAUCGAGGGAAAAAUGAGAUGUUCAUCAGGAGCAAUUCCAGAAAAUUCACUUGAAGUGCUGGAGCCAAAGAUAAUCAUUGUUUCUGUGGGUGCAUGUUUACAUCCCACAUAUCCAUUUUGCUUGUAUCUCUAAUUUGGGGAACAAACGUAGGUUUUCUAGUGAAUUUGGGGAAUGGCAUUCAGCAAGAAUUCGCCUAUGGCCUGGUGAUGGUAAUUCUUUAGUCAUGUGGAGGAAGUAUCUUCAGGAAAGUGAUUUAUAUGUUUAUUCAAGGUAAUUGCUAAUUGCUAGUCAACUGCAAAUCAAAGCGUCACAAGUUGUCUCCCUUUCAGGUCCAAGAAGAAUAAAAGAUAUCCCCUAUCUGUUAGAUCUUUCAUAUGGAUUGGCGAGCGAGAGCAUCUUUAGGGCAACGAUUCCUGAAUCUUGUGAGGCCUGAGAACUGAUUGUGUUGUAUAGGCGUAUGAGGAAUGGCGUUGGAGACAUGAAUUUUUCCCAACUUCGUUUUUCUUAAUUGGCUUGGCUCUCAACCCGACAGCUCGUAAAAUUUGUAUGGGUAUCUGCUAUUUUGGUCUUGUCUGGUCAGGCAAGUCGUGCGACUUCUGAUCAGGUUUAUGGUGAGUACUUGCGUCGCAACUACAUACUGAUAUAUAGUCUAACUUCUCAGACAUACAAUAUUUAAGGGACCAAAGGUGAAAAUGUACAAAGUUUGUACCUGUACCCUGUAUUGUGACUCCAUAUAUUACUAACUUUUGUAAAGGAUGUCAAACAUCAUGUUGCUCGACUAAUUGGAGGUAAUUCUUAUCAUCUUUGAACGAUGGCCCUUUUUUUUUAAUCAAUCAUACAAUCAACACGCAAGGCUUUUCUAUGAUGGGAUUGGAAAACAUAAAGUAAUGAGUUAGUCAAAGAUGGCUGGUAGAAAAUGUUAGCAGAGAGUUCCACCGGUUUGUGGUUCACAUUAAAGAGGAGGUUGACUCUAGAGAGUUGGGCGUUUCCAACAACAGGUGAGAACAAAUGUUGCCUGGUGGAAUGGGCAAGGAUGGAACGGCUGAGAAUGAAGGCGAUCCUAAAGCUGGCGAGCUUAUUUGCACAAAUUCGUCAAACCUUCAAGUAGAUGACAACGGAAAUCCAUGGAGCACAGGCUUAUUCGACUGCCACGAGCACAAGACGAAUGGUAAUAACAUUAACCGAUUCUAAUUAGUGAAGUCCGUACAUACUUCAUCUACCGAAAGUUUUUGAAGAAGACAACUUCUCUGGAAAUUUUUUAAGCACUACAAAAUCUUCACAUCCCAGUCAUAGUUGAUAUAAAUAAAGUUCUUGAAGAAGGAAGGUGUGAUUGGCAUUCUAAACUUGUGCUGGAGCUUGUGCUUCAGUAAUCAAAUGGGUAGGCUAGGGGAGUCCAUGCAAGUUGGAUCUGUACAGCAGUUGGCUCAGCCUCAACAGUUGUACUUCAAGAUACAGUAGCAACUCCAUAUGGCCUUUCCCAAGAUAAGUCGGCAAUUCAAAUGUUGGAAGCUCUUAUGACAGUAUGUUUCCCUUAUGUGACCUUUGGGCAGAUCUCGGAAGUACUAGAUGCUGGAGAAAUGACUUGUCCUCUGGGAAGUUACAUUUACCUACUCAUGAUGUCAGCUCUGUGCACUCAGUGGCUUAUGGGCUCAAAUUAUAGAAGCAAACUGAGGAGGAGAUACAAUUUAGUUGAAGCUCCAUACAGUGAUGUGAUUUCUCAUAUCUUCUGUCCAUAUUGUGCCCUGUGCCAGGAAUUCAGAGAACUGAAGAAUAGAGGAUUUGAUCCUUCUCUUGGAUGGAAUGGUAUACUUGCCGAGCAAAGGGGGACUCAGUACACUGAUCAGCAAAUGAAGAUUCCUCCUCCAUAUCAAGCCAUGAAGAAGUGAAGAAUGUAAAGCCAGAACAGAGCUAGUUCCCAAUAUUUUCCUUGUUCUAUUAUGAUUUAUGGUGUGGUCAUGUCUGGAAUUUGAAGAUUGAGCAUUGUGAACAGUACAUACCAACUCUUCCCGUCUUUGGAAAGUAAUGGGUAUAGAUCAGUAGGCAUUCCCUUCCA